AUGGCCAGCGUCGAUUACGAUGAUUACGACUACGACGACGCCAACCUCACCGAUGUCGAGUACGAAGAUCUGCUUCGGGCCACAUUGUGGCCCCAAAGUGUUGAGAAGACGUUCGUCGUCGUGCUAAUGUUUAUGAUGGUAGUCGGCGUCGUUGGUAACACUCUUGUUGUGGUCGUUGUUAUAUCGAAAAAAUCCAUGGUGAGUUCCAGUUAUUUGCUGAAAUUACUUUCUACCACUACUUCCUUCUUCGAUAUCCUAUCAGACACACCAUAA